GUCGAUACUCGUGUACGAUAACCGCUAACGUGACCUUUGCCAGCAGCAGCCUGACGCUGAGCGAGGCACGGCUGGUCCCUCCGCGUUUGGGGUGUAACCCCUCUGCUCUGACGACAUGGAUGGGAAGACGCUGCCUUGUGGUGGGCGAGGCAAGAGCAGAGCAGGUGUAAUGGUGCUAACUUCCAGUGUUGACAACCCACCACAAGUAUGGGGGCAUCGCAGACGGAGAUGCAUUCAAGGUCUGUACAGACAAGCUGCUUUGAUACCGGGUACUUCCACUUGGACGGCAGCCGUCAAGCCACCUCAGGGUGGGGUUGUCCGCCUAAGGCACUUGCUAGGGCCACUGAGCCAGGCGCCUGGGGCCACCCAAGGCCGCGCUUCUACAGCGGGGGCCCUCCACUGGGAGAUGCCUCAAGGGCCCCAAGUGGGCUGCGGCUGUGGCUGCAAGUGGUGGUACGUGCACCUCAUGACCGCCCGGCGGACCAACAUCCAAUCCAUCCAUUCACGCAUGGGAUGGACGGACUGCCUCUGGAUUGAGCGGUGCCCCUCAUGUCCCAGUCAACGUCCAGUCUGUCUGGCUGCUAACGUUAGCAGCCCGCCCGAGCCCGAGCCCAGCUCGACCCUCGUUUGUACAUCAACGUCUGCGUCCAUGACCCGUGCCGUGGGCUCACAAACAGCAGCAGCAGCAGUGGUAGCAGCAGUUGCAGCACAGUCCAGUCCAGUCCAGUCCUCUCUACGCGCGCAACACCCGUCGCUUCGUCCACCCAUCGCCUUAUCGGUUUGAUCCGUCGUCACCGCGUCGCUUACCGCUCAACUUACCGCAGCCUGGCGCCUGGCCAGCCUUUCUUUCACCUA